GAACACAUGCAUCCCUACUUUUGGCACUGACCAAUAGGAAUCGAGUAUUCACUGGAGUUGGAACACAUGCUUUCCAAAUAAAUUGUUAUUGUUUGUUUAUACAAAUAUACAGUUAAUUCAGUCUUCAGUCCUUCUGCAGACAUUGCGAGAAUGGGUUAUGUUCUUAUGAGUUAAAUGUUGGUAACUUUUCUGUUAUUUAACAUAAUGUCGAAACUAGAUGAAGAAAAUAUUAUGUCCCUAUUAAAUGACGAAUUCCUCAUGGAAAGUGACAUUGAAGAUGACCCAGGAUUACCUGACACCGCCAAUUCAAAUCACAAUGAUAAUUGUGUCAUUAUAGACGAUAUCCAAGUUGGUGAAGAAGUUACGCUUUUAGUUGAUGGUUCUGGUGUCUGUAGUAUCUAUAAUGCAGAACGUGAAAGCAAAGUGAAUGAUGAAGAGGCUGUUGCUAGUUUGAGCAUUGAUAACAGUGUUAAUGCUACCGGUAUGGAAAUAGGCCUAAGUGACUCCCCGAACAUUGAUAACAGUGAUAGUGAUAUGGAAAUAAGUGACUCACCAGGAAGUGAGAGUGAUGAAAUGUGUGACCAAGGAAAAAAAGUUAGGAGCCGAAAAAGAAACGUCUGUAGGAAGAACUGGAAAAUGGAAGUAAGGAAGAGAAAAAGACAGAGUGGAAAAGAAUAUGAAGAUAGAAAAGGAAAGGUUCACAGAGCUAGACGGAUUCAAGGUGAUUGCAAAGGAGCAUGCAAGUUUAAAUGUGACACACAAGUUAGUGCUGAUGAAAGAAAACAAAUUCACGACAAAUUCUGGUCCCUCAGUGAUACAGGUAAAAGUCAUUUUUAUAGUAAGUUUGUCGAAAGACACACUAAGCAAAGGUCUCGUACAUUACACGAAAAUAAUAGGAAGUUUUCUUAUUUCUACUACUUGGGAACUGAAAAAGAUAUGCGCGUUAGAGUGUGCAAAGAAUUUUUCUUUAAAACUUUGGACAUAAGUCAAAGGAGGAUAUAUUACUUUUUUCAGAAUGUGUAUGAUUCUCAAACAGGUACGGCCCGAUCCCCUUUAAAAGGUAAAAAUACUAAAAGUCAUAUUGACGAUGAGUUGAAGGAAAAGGUUCGUGACCACAUUAACUCGUUUCCCCGCAUAGAGGCUCAUUAUUGUCGAAAAGAUAGUACCAAAGAAUACCUAGAAGGGGAUUUAUCUCUGGCUGAAAUGUAUCGACUUUACUCAGCAUCAGUAGAAAAUCCAGUAAAAGAGUCACUCUAUAGGCAUAUUUUUAACCAUGAGUUCAAUUUAGAGUUUUUUAAGCCUAAAAAAGAUCGCUGCGACACUUGUGAAGCUUUUAAAUGUAAUCUGGAACCGAGUCAGGCAGAAACAGAAAGAUUUAACUUACACAAAACAGAAAAGGAUGCAGUCAAACUUGUUCGAGACAAAGACAGAGCUGUGUCAAUAAAAGCUGUAAAUGACUCAAAUACCUGCUUUAUAGCUUUUGACUUGGAAAAUGUUUUUGCUCUUCCAAAGGCCGAAGUUUCAAACUUUUUUUAUAAAAGAAAGUUAAAUUGCUACAAUCUUACAGCACAUGUAACAUACAAGGGCCAAAUAGAAUUAUAUUGUAUGGUUUGGCAUGAGUUGAUUUCAGGUAGAGCUGGUAACCAUCUUGCAAGUGCGGUUUUUAAAAUUUUAAACCAUGUAUUUGCUCAAAACAGAGAAAUCAAAAAGUUUGUUUUGUGGUCCGAUUCAUGCGUACCACAAAACAAAAACUCCAUAAUGAGCAUGGCACUUAAAUCAUUUUUAAAGGAAAACCCUACAGUAAUUGAAAUUGUACAACGUUUUUCUGAACCAGGUCAUGGAGUUGUCCAAGAAGUCGACGCAAUACAUAGCAAAAUUGAGAGGUGGUUAAAACCUUUAGAGAUAUUCAGUCCCCUUUCAUUGGUAAGGGUCCUGGUAAACAAAGCCAACAAAAGCUCAACAAAAACUAAUAUAAUUCAAAUGAAACCCUCAGACUUUUUUGAUUUUCAAUCUGCUUCAAAGUCACUAAACUAUUCCAUCAUCCCCUACACUAAGAUUAAAGAAAUAACUGUUACCAAUACCGAAUUAUUUGAUGUAACAUAUAAAACAAGUUUCUUAAAUGAAGAAUUAGUAAAAUGCAACAUUGCAAAAGAUGGACUGAGAGGGCGUGACAACAUUUCAAAAUCGCCUCGCCAGCUAAAUAAAAAAACUACUACUAGCCCUCAAGCUCAAGCUAAGACGAGACCUAGCCUUCCCUCUGUCAACCCUAUCACUUCAAAACCUAUUCUGCAAGUAGAGAAGAAAAAAGCCUUGCAGUCGAUGUUGAAGUUUAUGCCAGCAGUAGACAAAGCAUUCUAUGAAACUUUGUUUCGGAACACUACGAAUAGCUGAGCUGUUAUUUGAAGGACUAAGACUAACCAACUAUUAAUAAGUCAAUUCUAAGACUUGAAAAGAUCCUUGUCUUUUAAUUACCGGUAGGCCUUUGCUAGCCUGUAUUGUAUUUUAAUGUUCUUUUUACUAGGUACCGUGCUAUUGUAUUGUUUCAUUUCGGCAUAAUAAAAUUAUUCUUUAUUUUAACAACUUGUUUUCUUACUUUACCUAUCAACAAAAUACCAUUUCAAAAAAAUAUGAU